AUGUUGCAGAAAGCAACAACGUUGCCGCCUAUAUUUUUGUUCGUUGUGGACACAUGUUUGACAGCAGAAGAACUAAAUGCGCUGAAGGAAUCCCUUCAGACAGCUCUUUCGCUGCUGCCAGCCGAUGUACUUGUUGGACUGAUCACAUUCGGACGAAUGGUCGAAUUGCAUGAGCUCAACGUACGUGGAGUCUCACGUGCGUAUGUUUUCAGAGGUACCAAGGAAGUGAAGCAAAAGCAAAUUCGUGAUGUACUGGCGAGGGACAUUGGCCGACCUGUGAACGCUGGCCCAGCGCCGGGCGCUUAUCCGCCAGGAGCACCUGGCGCAAUGGCUCAACAGCUACCACGAUUCCCCAUGGCACCAGGCGGACCAGCGGCCGCCGUACCGGGAGCACCUUCCAUGCAAGGAGCGCAUGGAACCCCCAAUCUUCCGUUUAAUAAAUUUCUUCAAGUAUGUCUACUCCUUCAUUCUGCUCUGACCUAG